AGCUAAUGUGGGGCCGGCUCCGGUGGAGUUCUUUGUGGCCCACCCCUGCUGCGUGUAGGCUUGGGUUGAAUGGAAAUUUUGGCAGCACGCGCAUUGGCGUCUCGAGAAUUAUCAACGAUAGGAAAAUCGACUCUUUUUUGCCUCAAGAGGGAACGCCACAGAGGCUUACACGCGAAUGCCCUCGAGGCCUACUUGCUUGAUAUAACCAAAGAUACCCCUGUCGGCUGAGUUGAACGGAGUAUUGGAUUCGAUCUUUUCCGAAUCUAUAUACCAGGCCGGCCGUAAAGCUGCGCACCCGAACCGAUUUUUAACUAGCUCAGUCGACAGAGCUGGAGUGAGCUACCGGCAACGACUGCCCGGCGGACGAGCAGCGCCAACCGAACCUCGACGGCUCCCAGACGCAACUCAUAAACAAAAAACCUCAAAAACCGCCAAAAUGGGUAUUCUCAACAUAGCACACAUGUGCUCUCACCUGCAAAACGCCUCCAAGGCGCGACUAGGUCUGACAUCGGUGGCAAACACGAAAUACAACCUUAACCUGGCCUUGGCGCUUCACCGAGCCGGUCUCAUCUCGUCCGUCACACGGGCCGGGCCACAUCCGCCUCCGCCCGAGGCCCUUCUCACCUUCGAGACGGAGCCCGUGACGACCGCAAACGUUUCGAGCCGCCGCCUGUGGCUGGGCCUCAAGUACUGGGAGAACAAGCCCGUCAUGAGCCAGCUUCAGGUCGUCAGCAAACCGAGUCGCCUGGUCCACUGCGAGCUCGAGGGGCUCGAAAAGAUCGCGAGGGGGUUCCCGAGCGGGUACAUCAAGGGGCUUUACUUGGGAGAGACGUUGUUCGUCAGCACGCGGGCCGGUGUCUUGGAGGUUAGGGAAGCGCUGGACAAGCGCCUGGGCGGUGUAGUCCUGUGCAGGGUGUCAUAACCUGGAGGAGUCGUUGGCGAUUUAAAGCAGGAUUUUUGACCUCAAGACAACGGUCAACCAAUCUGGCGCUUUACGGUUCUGGGGAUCAACUUGUUGCUGCAAGUCCCCUUGGUGUGCUGGGUGCUGGCAAAACUGGCUGGACGCCUGCACGCAUCAACUGUAUGUAACUCUUAUCUACUCCUGUACCAAUCCAUGUAUAAUGUUCAGCAUAUUUCAGACGCUCGAUGUAUAUGGGGCCUUCUAUUGUAAAGUCGACAUCCGUCUUGAAUCCCAUGUCACUGUUGCUA